CGCCCUUUCCCCCUUCCCCCCAAUCCCUUUUUCAUUGAAAGGACUAAAACCCGCUUGUGUAUUUGCUACCCCGGCAGCAGCAAGACACUCGAAUCGCGGCAAGCAAGGAUGAGUCAAGAUGUCGCAGAGCAGAACAUUCAGAUGUGGAAGGUCAAGAAGCUCAUCAAGAGCCUUGACGCCGCCAGAGGAGCAGGCACGUCUAUGAUCAGCCUGAUCAUCCCGCCCAAGGAUCAAAUCUCGCGUGCGUCCGCGAUGCUGACGCAGGAGUACGGCACCGCGUCCAACAUCAAGUCGCGCGUCAACCGGCUCUCGGUCCUCGCCGCCAUCACGAGCACGCAGCAGCGCCUCAAGCUCUACAACCGCGUCCCGCCCAACGGGCUCGUGCUCUUCGUCGGCACGAUCCUCACCGACGAGGGCAAGGAAAAGAAGGUCUCGUUCGACUUUGAGCCGCACAAGCCCAUCAACACAUCGCUAUACCUCUGCGACAACAAAUUCCACACGGAAGCGCUCUCAGAGCUGCUCGAGUCCGACUCGCGCUUCGGCUUCAUCGUCAUGGACGGCAACGGCACGCUCUUCGGCACGCUCGCGGGCAACACGCGCGAGGUCAUCCACAAGUUCACUGUCGAUCUCCCCAAGAAGCACGGCCGCGGUGGUCAAUCCGCACUUCGUUUUUCGCGCCUGCGCGACGAGAAGCGCCACAACUACGUGCGCAAGGUCGCGGAGCUCGCGGUGCAGCACUUUAUCACCGCGGACAAGGUGAACGUGAACGGGCUCGUGCUCGCGGGCAGCGCGGACUUUAAGACGGAGCUGAGUCAGAGCGAUAUGUUUGAUCUGCGGUUGGCGGCGAAGGUGAUCAAGGUGGUGGAUGUGAGUUAUGGCGGCGAGAACGGGUUCAACCAGGCCAUUGAACUUGCGUCCGAGUCUUUGGCCAACGUCAAGUUCGUCCAGGAGAAGAAGCUCAUCCAGAAGUACUUUGAUGAGAUCAGCCAGGACACGGGCAGAUACUGCUUCGGUAUCGACGACACGCUGAAGGCGCUCGAGCUUGGCGCCGUGGAGACGCUCAUCGUGUGGGAGAACAUGGACAUCACGCGCUACAUCCUGCGCAACGCCGCUGGCGAGGAAAUUGUGAUCCACGCAAACAAGGAACAAGAAAAAGACCGCGAAAAGUUCACAGACAAGUCCACCGGGCUCGAGAUGGAGCAGCUCGCGGAGCCGCAGCCCCUCCUCGAGUGGUUCGCGGAGAAGUACAAGGAAUUCGGCGCGGCGCUCGAGUUCGUGACGAACCGCUCGCAGGAGGGCGCGCAGUUCGUGAAGGGGUUUGGCGGGAUUGGGGGGCUGCUACGGUAUAAGGUGGAUUUGAGCAAUCUGGCGAGUGUGGAUGAUGAGGAGGACGAGUUUUAUUCGGACGAUGAUGAUAUUUGACGGUAUUGUUGGCUCUUCGGAGCCCGGGAUGUUCUGCGGGGCACGCCGGGCGGGGUGGAAGGUGGGUGUGGGGGCACGGGUGUCGAAAGAAUGAACGGGGAACGGAAUGGAAUCGGAAGGGAGGACGAGGACGAGGACGAGGACGGGUUUGUGAUUGUUGAGAGGGAGAUGGCGAGGUAUGCCCCGACGGGCCGGGCCUGUCAUACGGUGGUCAACGGUUUUGCGGCGUCAUUCAAUGGAUUUUCGGACGCCCUUUUCCGGCCAUUGUCGUUCAAACGUGGUGCCCCACGACGACCUUGUGAAAGGGUGAAGGUGUUGUUACCGCUUUGUAAAUCCAGUCGGAGGCGGGAGUAGUGUAGUUGGAGCGUAGUACGAUAACGAUGCUUUGACACUUUUAUUAUCCCGUACUGUAAUUCUAUGUUGUGCUUUUCUUGUCUGUUGUGUGUUAGCCGAUGUGGACUUUGUUCCGGCGAUUAGCCAAGGUGCACAGGUCAUAGGGAAAUCGGACAUGGCUUAUCUUGCUAAUAUCAUUAUUGGAGAUUUU